UCCUCUUCUUCUUCCUCCUCCACCACCACUCGUUCCUCCGGCUCCGUGCGUCAUGGCGCGCCGGACAGCGAGGGGACCCGGGGCUCACACGCCGGGCGGGAGCGCUGCUUUCCGGGUAAAGCACCGUGGGUUUCCCGGGGGCUCGCGGUCGUUUUCCUGGGGCUUCGUGUUGCUUUGCUCCGCGGCGCUUUCCUGUGGAUUCUGCGGAGCCGACACGGAGUUUUCCAUCCUGGAGGAAGCGCAGGUUCUGGCGGAUCAGAUGAAGAAGCUCUCCUCGCAGGAGCUGGGAGUCUUCACCAUGCAGAGGAUCUUCAGCUCGUUCACGUACACGGAGAAGACAUCAAACGGAGAGACAGAAGUGCAGCAGUUGGCCAAGAAGAUUCGGGAGAAGUUCAACCGCUACCUGGAUGUGGUGAACAGGAACAAACAGGUGGUGGAGGCGUCGUACACCGCCCACCUCACGUCUCCGCUCACUGCGAUACAGGACUGCUGCUCCAUACCAGCAUCCAUGAUGGACUUCGACGGAAACUUCAACACCAACGUGUCAAAGACGAUCUGCUGCGAUCGACUUUCCCCCACUGUCAACAGCCGGGCGUUCAACCCAGGACGGGACCUCAACUCAGUGUUGGCAGACAACCUGAAGUCCAACCCGGGGAUAAAGUGGCAGUACUUCAGCUCGGAGGAGGGCAUCUUCACCGUCUUCCCGGCCCACAAGUUCCACUGCAAAGGAAACUUCGAGCACCGCAGCAGGCCUGUGUACGUGUCUGCAGUGCGUCCCCAGUCUAAACACAUCGUGGUGAUGGUCGACCACGGAGCGUCCGUCACUGAGACUCAGCUGCAGAUCGCCAGGGACUCGGCGCUCGUCAUCCUGAACUCCAUAGACGAGCACGACAAGAUCUCCAUUCUCUCGGUGGCAGAGACGGUUCGUUCCUGUGCUCUGGACCAGUGCUAUAAGAGUCUGCUGUCGCCGGCCACCAGCGAGACCAAGAGGAAGAUGAGCACCUUCAUCUCCAACAUCAAGGCUUCAGAUGCGGCCACGCACCACGCCGGCGGCUUCCAGAAAGCUUUCCAGCUGCUGAGAAACACCACCAGCCUCAGCAGGCAGAGCCCCACGACUGACAUGGUGAUCAUCUACCUGUCGUCUGGUAUCACGACCCGGGAGUUGUCGGAGCAGGAGAAGCGAGCGACGCUCAGCGUGGUCCGAGACGAGAACCGACACCUCAACAACUCCGUGAUGAUCCUCACCUACGCUCUCAUGAACGAGGGAGUAACGGGCCUGAAGGAGUUGGCCUUCAUGAGGGACCUGGCCGAGCAGAAUUCGGUGAAGUACAGCGUGGACAGUGACAGGCAUUCGUCGUCCCGAGCGUCGACGAUCCCGGUGGUGAAGGGCAGCAUGAUGGUUCUCAACCAGCUGAGCAACCUGGAGACCACAGUGGGACGCUUCUACAUCAACCUUCCCAACCGCAUGAUCGACCUGGCCGGCUUCAGCCUGCCCUACACCGACCCCAUGGGAGACGGAUUUAUCAUGACCGUGAGCCGGCCGUGCUACUUCGGGAACCUGCUGCUCGGCGUGGUCGGCGUGGAUGUGAACCUGGCCUACAUCUUGGAGGACGUCACCUACUACCAGGACUCACUGGCUUCAUACACCUUCCUCAUCGACAACAAAGGCUACACCCUGAUGCACCCGUCCCUGACGCGGCCCUACCUCAUGACGGAGCCCCCCCUGCACACAGACAUCACCCACUACGAGAACAUCCCCCGGUUCCACCUGGUCCGGCAGAACAUCCUCAACCUCCCUCUGGGCAGUCAGGUCAUCGCUGUUCCGGUGAACUCGUCUCUGUCGUGGCACACCAACCGUCUCCGUGACAACAGCAAAGACGCCUACAAUGUCAGCUACGCCUGGAAACUGGUCCAGGACACGUCGUUCAUCCUGUGCAUCGUGUACGUGCAGCCUGAGAUCCCGGUGAAGCACCUGAAGAACCUGAACACGGCUCCCAGCUCCAAGCUGCUCUACCACCGCCUGGACCUGCUGGGUCAGCCCAGCUCCUGCCUGCACUUCAAACAGCUCGCCACUGUCGAAUCCCCCACUGUGAUGUUGGCCGCCGGCAGCUUCUCCUCCCCCUACGAGCACCUCAGUCAGCCAGAAACCAAGCGCAUGGUGGAGCACUACACCGCCUACCUGAGCGACAACACCAGGCUCAUCGCCAACCCAGGCCUCAAGUCCUCCGUCAGGAACGAGGUUAUGGCGACCAGUCACGUCACGGAUGAGUGGAUGACACUAAUGGAAAUGAGUAGCCUCAACUGCUACAUUGUGCGCCGUUACAUAGCAACCCCCAGUGGGGUGCUCCGGAUCUACCCGGGAUCACUGAUGGACAAAGCCUUCGACCCGACCCGCAGACAAUGGUACCAGCAUGCUGUGGCAAACCCUGGCCUCAUCACCUUCACGGGGCCCUACCUGGACGUGGGCGGGGCCGGAUACGUGGUCACGAUCAGCCACACCCUCCACGCAUCGAGCACUCAGACGGCUCCUGGUUACGCAAUCGCCGUGAUGGGCAUCGACUUCACGCUGCGCUACUUCUACAAAGUCUUGCUGGACCUGCUGCCCGUCUGCAACCAGGACAAGGGCAACAAGAUCAGGUGUUUCAUAAUGGAGGACAGAGGGUACCUGGUGGCCCACCCCACUCUCAUUGACCCCAAAGGUCAUGCCCCUGCAGAGCAGCAGCACAUCACGCACAAGGAGCCGCUGGUUGCGAACGACAUCCUCAACCAUCCCAACUUUGUGAAGAAGAAUCUGUGCAACAGCUUCAGCGACCGCACCGUGCAGCGCUUCUACAAGUUCAACACCAGCAUCGUGGGCGACCUCACCAACCUGGUCCAUGGAAGCCAUUGCUCAAAGUACCGUCUGACCCGGAUCCCCGGCACCAACGCCUUCGCCGGCAUCGUCAACGAGACGUGUGACUCGCUGGCGUUCUGCGCCUGCAGCACCGUGGACCGACUCUGCCUCAACUGCCACAGAAUGGAGCAGAAUGAGUGUGAGUGUCCAUGUGAGUGCCCCCUAGAGGUCAACGAGUGCACAGGCAACCUCACCAGUGCUGAGAACAGGAACCCGAGCUGUGAAGUGCACCAGGAGCCGGUCAGCCUGAAUGUGAUUGAUCCCAGUCUGCACGACACCCUGCCCCAGUGCAUCAACACCCGCUGCAGCCAGAGAUACACCAGCAGUGACUGUUUUGGCGUGCUGGACUGUGAGUGGUGCAUGGUGGAGAGCGAUGGUAAGACUCACCUGGACAAGCCGUACUGCGCCCUGCAGAAGGAAUGCUUCGGGGGCAUCGUCGGCGCCAAGAGUCCCUACACCGACGGCCUGGGAGUCAUUGAUGAGGAGGUGGCGUCUCUGAACAUGAUCAAGAGCGCCCCCGUGGGUCCGGUCGCUGGGGGCAUUAUGGGAUGCAUCAUGGUGUUGGUGCUGGCUGUGUAUGCAUACAGACACCAGAUCCACCGGCGCUCUCACCAGCACAUGUCACCACUGGCUGCUCAGGAAAUGUCAGUGAGAAUGUCGAACCUGGAUAAUGAACGAGACGAGCGGGACGAAGACAGCCACGAGGACAGAGGCAUCAUCAGCAACACGAGAUUCAUAGCAGCGGUGAUCGAGAGACACACGCACACUCCCGAGCGGAGGCGACGCUACUGGGGACGAUCCGGGACAGAGAGCGACCACGGUUACAGCACCAUGAGUCCGCAGGAGGACAGCGAGAAUCCGCCCGGAAACAACGACCCGCUCUCGGCCGGCGUGGACGUGGGGAACCAUGACGACGACAUGGACCUGGACACGCCGCCCCAGACGGCAGCGCUGCUCAGCCACAAGUUCCACCCGUACCGCCACACGCACACGCACCACCACCCGCUGCACACGCACCACCUGCAGGCCGCGGUCACCGUGCACAGCGUGGACGCAGAGUGCUGAUCCUCGGCCGUGGCGUUGCCCCUCCUGCCAGGGAUUUUUAUAUUUCUUAUUAAUGACUAUUUUAAAAAAGGAAAAACAUUUGUGCUCGAUUAGACAGUUGGGUACGGACUGGACGGACG